CGACCACCAGCCAGACAUCCUCCCUACCUGCAACCAAAUCUACCUUUCUUCGACGAACAGCAGACAAUGGCUUCCACAGAGACAUUCGAGUUCCAGGCGGAGAUCAGCCAGUUGAUGAGCUUGAUCAUCAACACGGUCUACUCCAACAAAGAAAUCUUCCUUCGAGAGCUCAUCUCCAACGCCUCAGAUGCCAUCGACAAGAUCCGCUACGAAGCCCUCUCAGACAAGACAAAGCUCGACACAGAGCCAGAACUCUACAUUCGCAUCACACCCGAUGCAGAGAAUGGCGUCCUCACCAUUCGUGAUACCGGUAUCGGUAUGACAAAGGCAGAUCUCGUCAACAACCUCGGUACUAUCGCAAAAUCCGGUACCAAGAGUUUCAUGGAGAUGAUUUCUUCCGGUGCAGAUAUCUCCAUGAUUGGACAGUUUGGUGUGGGUUUCUACUCUGCCUACCUCGUUGCCGAUAAAGUCCAAGUCAUCACAAAGCACAACGAUGAUGAACAGUACAUUUGGGAAUCCUCAGCCGGUGGUUCCUUCACCAUCACCGAAGACAAUGUCAAUGCAAAAAUCGGUCGCGGAACAGAGAUUCGCUUGUUCAUGAAGGAAGACCAAAAGGACUACCUUGAGGAGAAGCGCAUCAAGGAGGUUGUCAAGAAGCACUCUGAGUUUAUCGGCUACCCCAUCCAACUCAUGGUGACCAAGGAGACCGAGAAGGAGGUGCCUGAUGAGGAUGAAGAAUCCAAGGACGAGUCUGGCGACCAAAAGGCCAAGAUCGAGGAGGUUGAGGAUGAAGGAGAGAAGAAGAAGGAGAAGAAGACCAAGAAGGUCAAGGAAACCUCUACGGAUGUCGAAGAGCUCAACAAGACCAAGCCUCUUUGGACACGCAACCCAUCAGACAUCACUGAGGAGGAGUAUGCAUCAUUCUACAAGUCCCUCUCAAACGACUGGGAGGACCACCUCGCCGUCAAGCACUUCUCGGUGGAGGGUCAGCUCGAAUUCAAGGCCAUCUUGUUUGUGCCCAAGCGUGCACCCUUCGACUUGUUUGAGUCAAAGAAGAAGAAGAACAACAUCAAGCUCUACGUCCGUCGUGUCUUCAUCACCGAUGACGCAGAAGAGCUCAUCCCAGAAUGGCUCGGCUUUGUCAAGGGUAUCGUUGACUCUGAAGACUUGCCUCUCAACAUGUCUCGUGAGAUGCUGCAACAAAACAAGAUCAUGAAGGUCAUUCGCAAGAAUAUCGUCAAGAAGUGUCUUGAGAUGUUUGCCGAGAUUGCAGAGAACAAGGAGAACUUUGCCAAGUUCUACGAGGCCUUUGGUAAAAACAUCAAGCUCGGUGUGCACGAAGACUCGCAGAACCGCAACAAGCUUUCCGAGUUGCUGCGUUACAACACCACGCACUCUGGCGACGAGAUGACUUCCCUCAAAGAUUACGUCACACGUAUGAAGGAGCCACAAAACACAAUCUACUUCAUCACGGGUGAAUCGCUUGCUGUUGUCAAGGCAUCACCCUUCUUGGAGGUUUUCAAGAAGAAGAACUUUGAGGUCUUGUUCCUUGUUGACCCUAUUGAUGAAUAUGCCGUCACACAGCUCAAGGAGUUUGAGGGUAAGAAGUUGGCCAACAUCACCAAGGAGGGACUUGAGAUUGAGCAGACUGAGGAGGAGAAGAAGAAGGCUGAGGAGGAGAAGACCAAGUACGAGGAGUUGUGCAAGCACUUCAAGGAAGUCCUCGGUGAGAAGGUUGAGAAGGUGCAAACCUCCACCCUCAUCACCUCAUCGCCAUGUGUCCUUGUCACUGGCCAAUUCGGUUGGUCUGCCAACAUGGAGCGUAUCAUGAAGUCGCAAGCACUCAGGGAUUCAUCCAUGUCGAGCUACAUGGCUUCCAAGAAGACCCUCGAAAUCAACCCUGACCACCCCAUUAUUCGGGAACUCCUCAAGCGUUCAAGCGAUAAGGAGGACAAGGCCACCAAGGACCUGAUGGUGCUCUUGUAUGAGACUGCAUUGUUGACGUCUGGCUUCUCUCUCGAGGAACCCAGCUCGUUUGCCAACCGUAUCGUGCGUAUGAUCUCGCUUGGCUUGUCGGUGGACGAUGUCGAGAUGCAGGAGGAUGCACCAGAGGCUGAUGAAGCCGCGGCGGAUGUCGAUGAAGCAUCACCUCUUGAGGCUGUGGACUAGAAAACUUUAGUAUAAGCAGACUAGCAAGAUAAAAAGAAUCUUUCGAAUGUG